AUGGCGGUUGAAAAUAUGGCUGAGGUGCCUAAGAAGUAUGGGAAAUUAUGCGGUAUAGUCGGUCGUGGCUCCACUGGAGUCGUAUUUCUGUCACAUAAAGUCCAAGAGUGGCACCCGAGCAUUGAUUGCUAUUACGCAAUCAAGGUCUUCCGACGCGGGACACGAACCAGUGAAACCGCUUAUCAGAGGCGUAUUGAGGCUGAGUUUUCCAUAUCUUCUUCGUUGCGACAUCAAAAUGUUGUUCGGAAAUUCGACCUACUUCGAAUUGGCAUUGACAGCCUCUGCGAGUGCUUGGAGUAUUGCUCCGGAGGGGAUUUGCAUUCAUUGGUGGUCGUAACAGGUCAGCUGGAACAGGUUGAGGCUGACUGCUUCUUUAAACAGCCCAUGUGUGGUGUCAACUAUAUCCAUGAAAUGGGCAUCGCUCAUCGCGACUUGAAGCCAGAGAAUCUUCUUCUCACCCCAAGUGGUUGCCUCAAGAUUUCGGAUUUCGGGGGCGCUGAGUGUUUUCGUCAUGCUGGGGAAAGCGACAUACAUAUUUCAAGAACCCGCCGUCAUUCACGUCCUUACGUAUCGGCUGAGCAGUAUCUUAACAGAGAAUUUGAUCCUAGAUCAGGCGACAUCUGGGCUGCAGCUAUGAUCUACGUGGUGAUGAGAACGGGCAGAAUCCCCUGGGAGAUAGCGACUGAUGACGACGAAAAUUUCAGGGACUACGUUUUGGACCGCGGGGUUGGAAGAGGGUACUUCCUUGUCGAGGAUAUAUGCCAUAUGGCAAGCCGCCCGGUCAUAUAUCUUAUGCUAGAAAUUGACCAGAUGGCCCGACCUAACACAAAUCAGAUUCUUCGUUCACAAUGGCUCCAGGAAGUUGAAGCCUGUACCAAUGAGGAGUCUGGACUAGUUUAG